AUGACCGGUCAGUGUCUCAGAUGGUCAUCCAAUAUCAUUACUAGUAGUGUACAAAAUGGACGGUUAGCCAAACCGGGAGAGUGGCCGUGGAUUGUAUCGAUUUUAUUACAAAAAUAUUUUUUGUAUUUUAUACCAACUAAAAGUAAAAGAUCUGAAUAUACGAUAACUGUUAGCACAGUUCAAGAUCAGAGACAUACAUACGAUGUGGACAAACGUAUAGUUCACCAUAAUUUCCAUAGAGAUGAUACUGAUAGACCAAAUGCCAGAUAUGAUAUUGCAUUAUUGAAAUUGGUUUUACCGAUACCGAUACCAACCAUCCCUAUCGCAUUAAGUGGUGGCCAAUUUCAGCAGCAAACUAACGGCAUUUGUUUGCCCGACAAAGAUAUUGUUAACACUGUUGAAGAGUUGGCAUUGACUGCCGGUUUUGGUGAUAUUGAUGAUGAAGUUGACAAUUAUGAUCAACAAUUGUUGAUGGGUUGGCUAAAAUUAGUUAAAACUGUUAAUACAAGUUACGAUAAGUGGGGUUAUUGGAUCAGAGCCUAUAGAUAUCCCCCUAAUACAGGUACUGCUUUAUGUAUGGGCGAUUCUGGCGGACCAUUGGUCCAGUAUGUGGACGGCGGUCGGGCCGUACUUAUUGGCCUAAACUCUCUUCAAUGUUUUUUAUAA